CGUUCCCUCGUAGGGACGAUAGGGACGGCCGUAUGUAUGACGACAAUUCUCCAACCCGUUCUCGCUCACCUGGCGGUACAUACAACCUCCCCGCAUAUCAUUUUCAAAAAUAUUAUGAGAAACACUAGAACAGGACUCACUUUCUGCAAUCUACAGGCCCUUCCCGUACUCCACCUCGAGGCCCCGCGGCUGACAGAAGUCGCGACUACCCUCGAGACCAUCCCGACUCUAGACCCCGAUAUCGAAGUCGAGACCGCGAGGAGUUCCGACGGCGGUCCUCGCGGUCACCCCCACGACGACCGCGACAUAGUUACCGUGACCGUGAUCGCGAAGGUUAUCGCUCGCGCAGUCGAAGCCGAAGCUACAGUCGGAGUCGAAGCCGAAGCCCGCGGCGGGGUCGACCACAUUAUGGACAAGAAAGUAGAGAGGUUAUGAUGGACGGUUUACCGGUGGACAUGGCGGAAGAAGAC